GGGACUUGGAGAGCCUGAGUUUUCCCCGCAGGCUCCGGUGGCGCUGCGCGCCAUUUUCAAACGCCAAGCCUGCAGCCGCGAUUGGAGGGGCGCAAGGAGAAGGCGUCACCUUAAAAAACAACAACAACACCCGGCUCUUUGCGCCGCCGGGAAACGCCUGCUACGGGAAGGACCCUGCAGCUUGUUUUGGCUCCCUGACUCCUCAGGAAGGACGAAAGAGACUGAUCCUGCAAACCUGGCGAGGAUGGAAGGGGGAAGGUGGACGGUUGACCUGGUGAGGUUGUCUCCUGCAUCCCUCCCUACAACCUCUGAGCGUUCCCUCCCAGGGACCUCCAAGAGAUCUGGACCCUGCAGCUUGUUUUGGCUCCUUGACUCCUCAGGAAGGACGAAAGAGACUGAUCCUGCAAACCUGGCGAGGAUGGAAGGGGGAAGGUGGACGGUUGACCUGGUGAGGUUGUCUCCUGCAUCCCUCCCCACAACCUCUGAGCGUUCCCUCCCAGGGACCUCCAAGAGAUCUGAUGGUGAUGAAUUGGAAGGGAAGAACAAGGGGGACCACAACAGAAUCCACAUAGAGGAGAAGUCAUAUAAAUAUUCAGAGUGUGGAGAGAACCUCCGUCAGAGCUACCACUCCAACAGCGGAGAGAAACUGUAUCAGUGCAGAGAAUGUGGGAAGAGCUUCAAUCACCGUCAGAAUCUCACUAGCCAUCAAAGAAUUCAUACAGGGGAGAAACCCUAUCAGUGCUUUGAAUGUGGAAAGAGCUUCAGUUGCAGCACAUAUCUCGCUUCCCAUCACAGAAUUCAUACAGGGGAGAAACCCUAUCAGUGCUUGGAAUGUGGAAAGAGCUUUCGUCUGAGCGCUGAUCUCACUUCCCAUCACAGAAUUCAUACAGGGGAGAAACCCUAUCAGUGCUUGGAAUGUGGAAAGAGCUUUCGUCUGAGCGCUGAUCUCACUUCCCAUCACAGAAUUCAUACAGGGGAGAAACCCUAUCAGUGCUUAGAAUGUGGGAAGAGCUUCAAUCACCGUCAGAAUCUCAAGACCCAUCACAGAAUUCAUACAGGGAAGAAACCUUAUCAUUGCUUCGAAUGUGGAAAGAGCUUCAGUCAAAAGGCCAACCUCACUUCCCAUCAAAGAAUUCAUACAGGGGAGAAACCCUAUCAGUGCUUCGAAUGUGGAAAGAGCUUCACUAAUAGCUCCGAUCUCGUGUCCCAUAACAGAAAUCAUACAGGGGAGAAACCUUAUCAGUGCUUGGAAUGUGGAAAGAGCUUCAGCCAAGCCUCAAAUCUCAAGACCCAUCAAAGAAUUCAUGCAGGGGAGAAACCCUAUCAGUGCUUCGAAUGUGGAAAGAGUUUCAGUUGCAGCUCAUCUCUCACUUCCCAUCACAGAAUUCAUACAGGGGAGAAACCCUAUCAGUGCUUCGAAUGUGGAAAGAGCUUCAGUCAAAGCAGCAAGCUCACUUCCCAUCAAAGAAUUCAUACAGGGGAGAAACCCUAUCAGUGCUUCGAAUGUGGAAAGAGCUUCACUAAUAGCUCCGAUCUCACGUCCCAUUACAGAAAUCAUACAGGGGAGAAACCUUAUCAGUGCUUGGCAUGUGGAAAGAGCUUCAGUCAGAGCAGCAAUCUCACUUCCCAUCAAAGAAUUCAUACAGGGGAGAAACCCUAUGAAUGCUUUGAAUGUGGAAAGAGCUUCAGUCACAGGCAGAGUCUCACUUCCCAUCAAAGAAUUCAUACAGCGGAGAAACCGUAUCACUGCUUGGAAUGUGGAAAGAGCUUCAGUUGCAGCUCAUCUCUCACUUCCCAUCACAGAAUUCAUACAGGGGACAAACCCUAUCAGUGCUUCGAAUGUGGAAAGAGCUUCAGUCAGAGCAGCAAUCUCGCUUCCCAUCAAAGAAUUCAUGCAGGGGAGAAACCUUAUCAGUGCUUGGAAUGUGGAAAGAGCUUUAGUCGCAGCCACCAUCUGACUUCCCAUCAAAGCAUUCAUCACAAAACCCACUGAGCGUCUCCACCCCCAUCGUUCUGCCCGGACACUGAGGUCCAGUACCUUAUUAUUAUUAUUAUUAUUCUCAUGCCCAAUUUGUCCCCUGAGCAUCUUAUAUUCCGAAGAGUUUUUGACCCACAGUUUCCUCCUCUCUCUCUCCUCCCUGCCUUGGCUCCCUAUUGGCUCCUCCCUAUUGGCUGCUCCAGGCUCCAGCCAAGGCCCGUCUCUGUGGAAGUAAUUCCUGAGCAUCUGGCAUCAGGUGUUGCUACUGUUUUGUGCCACAACUAGGAAAGGACCAAUGUGCAAAUCCAGUUAUUGGAUUGGAAGCUCAUGUACAGAUAACCUGCAACAGUGGGCGUAGCCAUGAUUGGUUUUUUGUGUGGGGGGGGGCAGAUCCUCAGUUUGCUUUGUACUUGUAUUUGCAGCCUAUUUGAUUGGUUCUUUUUUGAAGCAAUUUUUCCUUCAGAAAAAAACGAGGCACAGGAAAUUCCCUCUGUAGGUGGGGGGAUGACUGAGUACUGGGAUAAUAUUGGCUCCUAAAUACAGAGGCCUCCAGUGCUGUAGGCUACACCCAAAAACAUUGUAGUACAACACCAUAUUGGCUACCUUCUAUGUAUGGGGUCAAGCACACCAGUUAACCCACCAUUCUGGAUUUUAUUCUCCCUUUCCAACUGAUUCAGCAUUGCGUCUCAGUUCAUGUCAGGAGACUUGACCCCUUAAAAUUUUCGGAAGUGUUUAUUUAUUUAUUUUAGCAUGGGGGCGGACUAUGCCUGUGAACCUCAAGGACAAACCUUUGUUAGACCUCAUGGCUUGCCUGGAGGGGGGAAGGAACCAUGGUUUAGUUUGCAGCAGCAGCACAUGACAAGCAAAGUGACUGCAAUCUCCUCUCCAGGAAUCCAUUGCUAAGCUUAGUGUUAUGUGCAAGGUGGGUCGAUGCUAUGCUAGACCUAUGUGCAGUAACCUCUGGUUCACCUCAGACAGGGCUAGGAACUGUGGUUCGAGGCCACAACCCCCCUGAAAGCAGCCUUAAAAGGCAAGUAAGUAAAAGGUGCCUUUCCAAGCAGCUGCUGAGGGUUUGUCAAAUCACGUUUUAAACAUUAGGAUGAAAAUGCACUUUGGCGACUCCUUGCCCAAAGCAUUCAGAGCACAAGAGCCACAGCUCACAGGAAAGGAGAAUUCAUGCCAUGGGCAGCUGGAAGGUACACCUGAACUUAGCAAACUAAAGGUUCAUGUUGCACUCUUUCUCUCACACCAGCAUUUGCAUUAGCAGUAACAAAGGAACUUCACACCUGGAGUAUGGGAGGAGGAAGGUUCUGCAGAACAUCUGCUUCAAGAUCCGUAAGGAGCAUUCUCAAAAUAUCUUUGCAAUAGUUACAGGAAUGGGGACACACACACACACACACCAAGCAGUUUCUCAGACUCUGGGAGAAAGCUGCCCAAUUCAUUUUGUAUAAAAUUCCAGGAUUCGUUUUUUUCUUUCUCCCUUCCUUUCUUGAGAUGAGUUUUAAGUCAAACUCCCCAGACGACUUAUUCCAAGAAGAGUCCCAGUGAAAGCCAUUCAACUGGCAUGGAGCAAGAUAACUGAGGGCUGGUUCACACCCAUCUCUUGGACUUCCACAUCAUCCAGAAGUCAUUGAGUAUCCCCAGAAAAAAAAACACUGAUUAUAUUCCCAGUCAUCUUCAGCCAGACAGGUAUGGCUAUGGAGGAAAUGAACACUGGAUUUCUUUCUAAAGAUGCACAUCAGAGUUCUCAAAAAUAUAUGAGCUCUCUCCACAUGCUGUUUUAAAAUCUAAGGUUUAGUUACAGCUAUUCAGGAAGGCCAAAUGCCUAUUGGUCAUGCUGGCGAUGGUUUGAUCACCCCUGACAGUCCUUAAGGAAGAAAUAAAUAAAGCCCAAACACUUGGGGAACUAUUAUUGAUUGAAUAAAUACCUUAUUGAAAAAAUAUCUCAUUUUGUAUUUUUCAUUCUGUGUCACCAAAAUGAUAGCAAUCUGUGUCAAACUUUGUAGAGAAGUGCUUCUCUUAUUUUGUUAGCACCUGAUGUACACUCAUCAUGGAAAGCAAUUGUAUUCAAUCACA